GGUCCUGACUGGGGACUCGUUUUCGCCUCCGCGCGGUGAUUGGGUGGAAGAUGGCGCUGGCCGAAUGGAAAUCCUAAUGACAGUUUCCAAAUUUGCCUCUUUUUGUACCAUGGGCGCCAAUGCCUCCGCUUUGGAGAAAGAAAUUGGCUCGGAGCAGUUCCCUGUCAAUGAGCACUACUUCGGACUGGUUAACUUCGGGAACACCUGCUACUGUAACUCUGUGCUCCAGGCUCUGUACUUCUGCCGGCCGUUUCGGGAGAAGAUCCUGGCCUACAGGAGUCAGCCCCGGCGCAAAGAGAACCUCCUUACCUGCCUGGCUGAUCUGUUCCACAGCAUUGCCAACCAGAAGAGGAAAGUGGGCGUCAUCCCUCCGAAGAAAUUCAUCACACGGCUGCGCAAAGAGAAUGAGCUCUUUGAUAACUACAUGCAGCAGGAUGCGCACGAGUUCCUCAACUACCUGCUGAACACUAUAGCUGACCUGCUGCAGGAGGAGAAGAAGCAGGACAAGCAGAACGGCAAACUGGCCAACGGCACGCUCGAGUCACAGAAGAGUAACAGCGCUCCUCCGUCCAGCACGUGGGUACACGAGAUCUUCCAGGGCACGCUGACCAACGAGACGCGCUGCCUCACCUGCGAGACGAUAAGCAGCAAGGAUGAGGAUUUCUUGGAUUUGUCUGUGGACGUUGAGCAGAACACGUCAAUCACACACUGCCUCAGGGGCUUCAGUAAUACAGAGACCCUGUGUAGUGAAUAUAAAUACUACUGUGAGGAAUGUAGGAGUAAACAGGAGGCACACAAAAGGAUGAGGGUGAAGAAGCUGCCCAUGAUUUUAGCCCUGCAUCUGAAGAGAUUUAAAUACAUGGAGCAGCUCCAGCGCUACACUAAACUCAGCUACCGCGUGGUCUUCCCUUUGGAGCUCCGCCUCUUCAACACAUCCGGAGACGCCACCAAUCCCGAAAGGCUUUAUGACCUCGUCGCCGUGGUGGUGCAUUGUGGGAGCGGGCCCAAUCGCGGACACUACAUCGCUAUCGUUAAGAGUCACGACUUCUGGCUACUUUUUGAUGAUGACAUCGUCGAGAAAAUUGACGCCCAGGCAAUAGAGGAGUUCUACGGACUUACGUCGGAAAUCUCCAAAAACUCCGAGUCGGGCUACAUCCUGUUCUACCAAUCCAGAGACUGAGGUUGUUCAGCACAGCAGCCCCCUCGUGGAACCCUGCGGAACGUGCCGGCCUGCGUUUCCGAGUCCUGCUGCGUCCCACCCUGAGCAGGCUGGAUCAGAUCGCACUGACCCCCGACCCCCCUCCCCCAACCCCUGACCCCAGCAUCCCCCACCCCGCAGCAGUCCGGAUGUGGUGCAGUUACAGCGUUGUGUGUACGUCGUGAGAAUGUUUAAUCGCACUGGCUGAAAUGUGUUCAAUGUCCUCAGCUCUGUGAUCCUGACAGUCCUGACAUGCUGCAACCUUUCUUUAAAGCCUGAGUUUCUGACCAAAGGCUUGUGCAUGGGGAAAAUAAGGGGCGUGUCCCGGCAGAAGGGAGGGGCUAUAAACUGAUCAUAUGGGGCUAUUUGUGGGUUUAUGUAUUUCUACCUUGUACAUAGUGGUAUUUGUAUAAAUAUUAUGAAAUUAUAAUAAUAUGAAUUACUGAUAUAGGUGAAAAAGAUUGAAACAUUGAAAAUAUGUAUAACACUAUGGUGCACUUUUGAUACAGUUUUGUAGGUGUUUGGCAGGUUUGUGUGAGGGUUUGCUUGAGACGGCCUGUUGUGAAAUAAUUUUCUGUUUUAAAGAAAAAGAAAUAAAGUGUAUAGAUCGAGACGUAGACGAAGAUUAAUGUGAGCUUUUAUUGGAUUCCUUUUAACCCAGUGAAAUCAGUUUUAAAGAAGAAUGUCACAUUUACACUGUUAGGAAAAUGUUUCGUGUCUGAUGUUCGCUUCUUUGGUUUUGCACUGAAGCUGCGAUGGAACUGUUGCUAACGAGUAACAGUAGAAGUAAUAAAGAAGCAGUCGCAGAUUUGCUUUACCUUUCUCUGAAUACAGGAUGAACAAAUAAAACAUCACUGUGCCUGAAUGUCUCGCAAAAUGGCACCCGGAAGCUGGAAACUCUGUGUAUAAUAAUUAAUAAUAAGCUAGUCCAAACAUCUAUAGGAAAGAUUUUGGGUGACGGUCAUGUUCAAAAAAUUUUGUAUACUCUGUGUGUACACCAAAGACAAAACGAAGAAGAGUAAACAUUUAAUGUGGUUUAAUUGAUGUUCCUUCGUUAUCAUAAAAACACAUGAAUGAAAUCAGUCUCUUUCAAUUUCUGAAUGUGGAAAAUAUUUGCUAGAUGCCUUGAACAGUUUUUGGUUGAUUUUAUGUUGCAGAUUGUUGUCACACACAUCCAUCACAUUUUCACUCUCUCUCUCUCACACACACACACACACACACAAACAUAAUAAAUAGGUUAAUUCUUGUUCUGUUUUAUUUUUUUUUAAAAAAGGAAAAAUGUCUAUUCAUUUGUAUCGUAUCUGCGGAGCUCCAGUGCAAAAUUAAAAAAGAACUUCAGACGCUAAACAUGUCAAAGCUGAUUUACUGCAUUUGGAAUAAACAUGUUUGAAAACGUGUA